AUGACAUGCAAGGAGCUACCCAGGUCAUGGAAAGUCCAGGAAAGGAUCAAGGCAUUAAACGGUAAAUGGAAAUUCAGCGAGACCCCUGGAAAUACUUUUGGCAUUCAACAAAGCAUUAAAGAGAGAUUGGAAGUUAGAGUGCAAAAUAUGAUAAAAAACAGUCCUGCUACCGAGUCGUUCCGACAGAAUAAGAAAAUUCGAGUGAAGCUAUCAGGAGAUGGGACCAAUGUUGGAAAAAGUCUUCAUGUUGUGAAUGUUACUUUUACAAUUUUGGACCAAGGCUCAAAGGCAAUGUCAGCUGAUGAAACCAUAUAA